AUGAGCUCUAAUGAUCUAAAUUGGCAUAAUACUAUGUAUUCUAACUUUUAUGGAACGCAAAAUGACUAUGGAAAAAUAUUCAGUAAACUGCGUAGACCAACAUUUGAUUUCGUAUUCUUUUUAACAGAUGCAGACUAUACAUUUAAAGUAGUAAAGUGUACAUCUGAUGGAACGUUAAGUGAGACAGGAGAUCAUCACACAGAGGUUCCGGUGGUCAGACUAUACGGAGUGACGAAGGAACAACAAAGCGUAUUGGUGUGUGUAGAUGAUUUUCAGCCUUAUUUUUACAUUGAGAAACCACCAGAACUGCUGGAAGAGAAUUUUGAAGAUUUAAAACAGCUAUUUAAUAAACACUUGAGUGAGCAGAAUCAAUUCAAGAAAUCACUGCGACAUGUGUUGGAUAUACAAAAGACAAGACUUACAUCCCUGAUGAUGUACGAUGAAAAUGGAGAGAAGGAUUUCCUUAGAAUCGUUGUAUCAUCGCCCAGGAUGGUAUCGAACCUGAGGUCAUACAUCGAGUCUGGGGUUGAACUAGAAGUUGAUGGAGAUUCCUUUACAAUCCCAUUGUACAGACAAACGUAUGAAGCUAACCUUCCAUAUGUACUGCGUUUUCUGCUAGACAACAAUGUGAUCUGCGGCUCAUGGCUGAUGAUACCACAAAAUUGUUAUACGUUAAAUAACCCUAAAAAUUUUAUGCAACUCGUUAGCACAUGUAAUAUUGAAGUGAAUUGCGGAUAUAGUGACAUUAUAACAUUGCCUCUAGAAAACGAGUAUGAAACAAUAGGACCAAUUAAGAUUUUGUCAUUUGAUAUUGAGUGUAUUAAGCUUAACGGAACAGGGUUUCCAAACGCUAGCAAUGACCCUGUGAUACAAAUAAGUAGCGUAAUACACACGCACGGAAACGACGUAAAUAACACCAAGAAUUUUGUUUUCACACUCAAGGAGUGUGAUAGCCUGGCGAACUGCACAAUCCUGUCAUUUGAUAACGAAGAACAGUUGUUGCUGGCGUGGAACGACUUUGUGAUCUUUGUCGACCCAGACUUCCUGACAGGAUAUAACAUAAUCUUGUUUGAUCUUCCAUAUCUUCUGACUCGCAGUUCAGUGCUUAACAUUGAAGCAAGGUUUAAGAAGUUGACCCGGAUCAAAAGCGUAAACUGCAAUUUCAAAGACUCAAUAUCGAACAAUAACAUUUUGGGACUUUACGAGAAUAAGGAAAUCAACAUUGAGGGGAGGAUUCUGUUUGACGUUUACGAUUUGGUACGAAGAGAUUACAAGCUCAAGUCAUACUCACUUAACUACGUCUCGUUUGAAUUCCUUAAACAACAAAAGGAAGAUGUCCACUAUUCAACAAUAUUGAAGCUGUUUAACGGAAAUAAUAAUGAUCGAAGAAGAAUUGCAAGCUACUGCUUAAAGGAUUCAAUACUGCCUUUACUCUUGAUCAAUAAGUUAUUGCUUCUGUAUAAUUAUAUUGAAAUGUCCAGAGUGACAACCACACCAAUUAAGCUCCUAAUCACAAGAGGACAACAAAUAAGGGUGACGAUGCAAAUAUAUAAGCAGUGUAAGAAGAUGAACUAUGUGAUACCGGUGAUAACGGGAGGCGGGAAAAACAGUAGUAAUGAGAACAGCUAUGAAGGAGCAACGGUUCUAGAACCAUUGAAGGGAUACCAUAAGAAUCCGAUUUCAGUGUUAGAUUUCCAGUCGUUGUACCCGUCAAUCAUGAUCGCACAUAACAUAUGCUAUUCGACACUACUAAACUACAACAACAUAAACAACUACAGACCAGAAGAUGUGGUGAGAGUGCCAGGGUACAAUGACAUAUGCUUCAUAAGCGUGAAUAAGCGGAAAGGAAUAUUGCCAAUCAUAGUCGAGAACUUGAUCAAUGAGAGGAAGAAGGCGAAGAAGAUGAUGAACGAGUGCAAGGACGAGAUGCUCAAAAAAGUGUAUGAUGGAAGACAGUUGGCACUCAAGAUAACAACCAACUCAGUGUACGGAUACACUGGAGCGACGAGUGGAGGGUUUUUGCCGUGCAUUGACGUGGCCACAGCCAUCACAUCAUUUGGGAGAAACAUGAUUGUGAACACCAAGAACCUUAUUGAGGAACAUUUCACUGUCAAAAACGGGUUCAAAUUCGACAGCAAGGUCAUUUACGGUGACACUGACUCUGUGAUGAUUAACUUUGGAACUGAUGAUAUACAGGAAGCAAUUGACUUGGGGAAGAACGCAGCUGAUUUGAUAACCAGUAAAUCAGUAAAGCCAAUAACGCUCCUGUUUGAGAAGGUGUAUAAACCACUGCUUUUGCUCAGUAAAAAACGUUACGCAGGCUUAUACUACGUUAACAGUGAAAAGUAUGAGAAAAUUGACUGUAAGGGAAUUGAGGUACUUGUGUUCGUAACAAUCUUGUUUCAGAGUGUCAGGAGAGACUUCUGUCUGCUAAUUCAACAGAUGCUGGAGCAAAUAUUAUACCUGCUCUUGGUGAAGUUGGAUCUGGACGGAGCAAUUGAGUUUGUAAAGAAGAAGGUUUCGGAACUCUUAAAAAAUGAAAUCGACGUCUCUCUGCUGGUUAUAACGAAAUCACUUGGAAAGGUGGAUUAUGAACAGAGAUUACCACAUGUUGAGUUGGCUAAAAAGUUGCGAAAACGCGACCCUGGUAAGGCACCUGGAGUGGGUGACCGCAUAAGUUAUAUCAUAGUCAAGGGCACAAAAGGUGAACCUUUAUUUGAUAGGGCUGAAGAACCUUUGUAUGUAACUGAGAAUAACUUACCAAUUGACACGAGCUAUUAUUUGGACUCUUUAAAAAACGUCUUACUUAGAAUAUUUGAAGUUGUGAUGACUAACCCAAACUCCCUUUUCAACGGGGAACACACCCGAGUAAUAAACAUAAACAGUAGCACCAAGGGACUGAUGAACAAAUUCCUGACAAAGAUCAGACGUUGCUUAUCCUGUAACAUAGUCUUAAGCAAUAGCACAGAAUCCACUGAAAUGUUUUGCUCAAACUGUAACACCAGUAAAAAGCAACAGAUUCUGCUUGAUAAACUAACUGCUUGUCGUAUUAAGGAGGACCUCUACCACAAACUUUGGACUCACUGUCAGAGGUUUGCCUCAAUAAUUUAUUAUAAUUUAUUAAUUAGAUGCCAAGGGAACUUGCACAACGCUGUCAUGUGUGAUAACAGGGACUGUCCUAUUUUCUACAGGCGAGUGAAGGUUUCCAAGGACCUCACACAGCUCCAAAGCACCUUAAGCACACUUCAACUACAAUACACAAACUAA